GUGCGCGCUGGCGGCUGGAGCGCGCGUCAACGGAGCUCGAGAUCACAGGUGGAGGUUUGUGCGUUCGUCCAGGACAGACCAUCAUGACCCAAGUAGUACAGGACGGGUUCUUAUCAUGACUUCAAGUUUGGAUGAUCCGGUCCGGUCCGGUUAUGGACUUUAUGGUGUAGUUUCGUUGCCGUGCGAAGAACUAAACCCGUGGAUUUGACUGCAUGUCAGGACUGAACGCAGUGGAUUAUCGUCCAAUGAGCGCAGUAAGCGAGGUUUUAUCGCGAUAUGGUGUUCCAUUAGCGUGAAACUGAAUCGCUUCAGGUGAGAAGUAUCGUCAUCUUUCCUCUCACUGUUACCUGAGAUGGCGAUCAACAUCAGCAGCGGCACGCGAGAGUCAGAUGGUCUAUCUGUUCUGGAGCAGCUGGGUCUGGACCAGAACUCAGAUUUAUCCGACACCAACGUGCAGCAGCGAUUGGACGAGCAGCGCGAGUGGAUUCGGAGGGAGAUACGUAAAGAGUUUAAGAUCAAAGCGGGUGCAGAUAACCUGCGGCGGGCGACCACAGACAAGCGUAACGCUCAGCAGGUGGACAGUCAGUUACGCAGCUCCACACGCAGACUGGAUUCACUUCAUGCGCAGCUGCAGGAACUGGACGCUCACAUAGUGGUCAAAGGUCACGAUGACAGUAAAGAUGACCUUCAGUCUCCCAGGACAACAGGUCGCUCUUCAGCCAAUCAGGACCGGAUCAAGGCUCUGGAGCGACAGCUUAACAUUGAGCUGAAGGUUAAACAGGGGGCAGAGAACAUGAUCCCAAUCUAUGCCAAUGGAAAUACAAAGGAUAAGAAGCUGCUUCAGUCGGCUCAGCAGAUGUUGCAGGACAGUAAGAUGAAGAUUGACAUCAUCCGCAUGCAGAUCUGCAAAGCCAUGCAGGCCACAGAGCAGACAAACGAGUCUCAUGGUAAAGAUGAUAUGUGCGGGGUGGAGCUCAGAAUCGAGGAGCUCUGGCAUCAUUACCGUGUGGAGCACGCCAUGGCAGAGGGUGCCAAAAACAUGCUGAGACUACUGGGAACUGGUAAAGCACAAGACAAGAAAGCCAUUGCUGAGGCUCAGAGUCGAUUAAGUGAAGCUUCUCAGCGUUUGGAUCUUCUGCGAGUGUCGUUAGAGCAGCGUUUGGUUGAUCUACCAGAAGAUCAUCCUAAAGCGUGUCUGAUCAAAGAGGAACUGGUGUUGUCAUCAUCUUCAGCAUUCAGUUCACGUCACAGCGCCCCCUACAUUCACAAUCAGUACAGCACUCUCAGCAGACCCUCACCUCUCACCGGGACGCUGCAGGUUCGAUUGUUAGGUUGUGUUGGGCUGCUGGACAUCGUCCCAGGCCGCAGUCGAGCAUCACCGGUGGUCUUACCACACUUUAAUCCGGGAGACGGACGACCCUUUAAACUCACACUGAGCACCAGAAACAGCAGCUUUAGUCUGAAACUACCCAGCAAAACUGAAGAUCUGUCCUCGGAGGUGAGUGCUGUGUUAAAGCUGGAGAACUGUGUUGUUGGUCAGACGUGUUGGAAAGGUGUUGGAGAACUGACUUGGGAUCAAAGCUUCACUGUUGAGCUGGAAAGAUCCAGAGAGAUGGAGAUCGCAGUAUACUGGCGUGACUAUCGCUCACUCUGCGCGCUUAAAUAUCUCAAGCUGGAGGAGUUUCUGGACAACCAGAGACACAAAAUACAACUAGAGCUUGAACCUCAGGGACUGCUGCUGGCAGAGGUGAUGUUCUUUAAUCCAGUCAUAGAGAGAGGUCCACGUCUCCAGCGUCAGAGGAAGAUUUUCUCUAAACAGCAGGGUAAAGCGUUCAUGCGUGCAAAGCAGUUAAAUGUUGACAUGACCACAUGGGUUCGACUGCUGAAGAAUGCCAUUACCAUCAGCCCAUCAGCACACAACUACCCACAUCACCACAACACACACAACAGCAGUGCUGAUAUUUCAAUCCAGAAGAUUCAACUGGACGGUGAAUCUCCAGCAUCAGAGAGGAGGAGAAACUUCUCACAGAGGUUACACACGAUGGACAGUGUUUCAGAGACAGAUUCUGGCUCUCCUGAACCUCCCACACCUCAGAGGGCUGUCAGGAAAGCUUCCCAUAAUUCCCAGCGCAGGCCAGCGGGUUCAUCUCUGGGUCUUGAGGAUUUCCGACUGAUCGCUGUUUUGGGACGAGGGCAUUUUGGCAAGGUGCUGCUGUCUGAAUACAAAAAGUCAGGAAAUCUGUACGCCAUUAAAGCUCUGAAGAAAGGAGACAUUGUGGCACGGGAUGAGGUGGAAAGUUUGCUAUGUGAGAAGCGAAUCUUCGAGACGGUGAACAGCGCCAGGCAUCCGUUCCUGGUGAACCUUUUUGCGUGUUUUCAGACAUCAGAACAUGUGUGUUUCGUGAUGGAGUACACAGCAGGCGGUGAUCUGAUGAUGCACAUACACGCUGAUGUCUUCUCUGAACAACGAUCUGUGUUUUAUUCUGCAUGUGUAGUUUUGGGACUUCAGUUCCUUCACGAUAAUAAGAUUGUGUAUAGAGAUCUAAAGCUUGACAAUCUCCUUGUGGACACUGAAGGUUAUGUAAAAAUCGCAGACUUUGGCCUCUGUAAGGAGGGAAUGGGUUUUGGGGACAGGACCAGCACUUUCUGUGGUACUCCAGAGUUUCUUGCUCCAGAGGUUUUGACGGACACAUCUUACACAAGAGCAGUUGAUUGGUGGGGUCUCGGUGUGCUCAUUUAUGAGAUGCUGGUUGGAGAGUCACCAUUUCCAGGUGAUGAUGAGGAGGAAGUGUUUGACAGCAUUGUCAAUGAUGAAGUACGGUACCCAAGAUUCCUCUCCACUGAGGCAAUUGGGAUUAUGAGACGGUUGCUGAGGCGCAAUGCGGAGAAGCGACUGGGCUCCAGUGAGAAAGAUGCUGAGGACAUCAAGAAACAGCCGUUCUUCAGAAAUAUGGACUUUGAGGCUUUGUUGCAGAGGAAAGUUCCUCCUCCGUUCGUCCCGGCCGUGACAGGAAAAGAGGACGUCAGUAACUUUGAUGCAGAGUUUACAAAUGAAGCUCCGGCUCUGACGCCUCCUCGUGAAACCCGCAGCCUCACACGCAAAGACCAGGACCACUUUAAAGACUUUGACUACGUCUCUGACCUCUGUUAAGAUGUAGGGGACACUAUGAGGCUGCUAGGUAUGAGAGAUUUGGACCUUUGUCUUGUCCUAACAUGGAUCUCUCACCCUGGUGACGUUUGACUUUGGACGUCCUCCUGGUGGAAAAGAUCUGCUAAUAGAUGUGUUUUAAAGUGGACAUCAGGAAAGAUGGAGAUUUCAGGGUAAAGACUCUAACGGUCAGAAGGGAAAUUCAAUAAUCCAAAUAAUGUGAUGCUUUAUGGUGUAUCGAAAUGCUGGCAGAAGAAAGUUUUUCAUUCCUUGUUUAGGGCAGAGGUAGCAUUUACCAAUGGUCCAAUCAGGGUCAGCCAUGACCCCAAUCAUUAGUAUCAUAGAUGAUAAAAACAAUGGCUGUGUUCAGAAUGUUAAAUAAUCGCUUGUGCAGACACUGCACUGCGUUUGAGAUGAUGCAGUGACAGGUUAACUUUGUUCCCGCUCUUGUCCUUUAAACUUUGAUGCUCAACCAAACGCGUGUGUGGUUGUGAUGAUUCGCCUUAUAAUGCUCACUUGUGAUUGGGUAUAUGUUACUUCACUCUAAUCUAAGUAACAAACAAAAACAUGGGAAUGGUGGCAGUGAGUUGAAAAGUACUAAGGGCAGAAUCAUCUUUAUUUGAAAUUGGGGGGCAUGUUGUACGCAUAUCGCUUUGAGACACAAUGUGGCAUCUUUAACUCAGUAACCGCCAGCCUUUUUUUGUGAAGUUUCAAAAUGCCUUCCAGGAAAAUGUUCUUCUAUAAAUAUAUAAACAUACAAAUAUAUCAAAUGAAAGAACAGACCCUCUGCUUUCAAACAAACAAAACGGGGAAAAAAAGUUUUAUCCUUUCUUCAUUUGUUCUCUUUUUUAUAACCUCUUAACUGUGGGUUCACACCAGAUGCGUUUAAAGCGUCAAAUUCACGUGUAAGACAUUUACGCGGAAAUUCGCGUUAUGGGAGGGGCAUCUGCGACUCCGCUUGCUUCCUGUAAUCACAUCACUACUAGAGCAAGCUUCUGAUUGGUUAACGCACCGCGUUUUUCCGCAAAGUUCAGAUUUUUCAACUCGCGGCAACACUCAAUUUGCGUUAGAGGUGUCAAACGCGGAUGAUUUCAAUGUUAAGUCAAUGUAAAGACGCGUUGAUGGGUGUCUGGAGGUCUCGCGACGUGAAUGAGAUGUUUAACACAGCACGGUAGGCGCGAUUCCGCCUCAUUCGCGGGUCUACUUUGUGUUUGACGCCUCUGGCGCGGCUGGUGUGAACGCAGCAUUAAAUAUGGGUAGGUUUCUUCAAAAAGACCACAUUUUGAGCGAAAAGAUGAAAUAAUUGUAUUUUUGUAAAGGAAUUUUGUUAGAGAUUAGAUUCAGAACGAUUAUCAAAACAUACACGGAGUUUAAACAUUUGUUAAAUUAGCUUUUGCUUCAGUUUUUAUAAAUUGGGUAAGAGCACUAUCUAGUGGAUAAUAGCAGAAUUACAGAUCACCGUAAAAAACUCGUCAGGAAAGCGUCAUUUGCAGGGAAAUGUUUUCUCCUAAUUGACGAGAUAAUUCAUCAAUGGUGGGGAAAGAGUUAAUGUGUCGACUGAACACUUAACACCCUAAAGAGAUUUCAACAGUGGUUCAAUAAUAUAAAAUGUAAUACAAAAUUAUUUGUUUUAUAAUUGACAUUAUUAGGAUGAUAAUAUUAAAAUAUUUUAUUAAUUUCUAUCCAAAAAGUUUUCCAAACUUGCACCUGAGUUUUCACAUUUUCAAAUACUUUCACAAGAUAGUAUGUACAUGCAGAAACACAGUAGUAUGUAGUAUAAAUGCAUGUUAUUCUGAACACAGCCACUGACUGAAAUCAUGGUAGUCUGUUAAAUAGUUUCAUGAUAUCUCAUCAUCAGAUUCUCUCUUUGUCUUUAUCUCUUUGUCUGCUUUACAGUGUACAGUGCUGUAAUACACACAUAUGACCACACAAGGGCCCUAGAGAACGGUAAAAACAGAAACAGACUGUCCACAGGUUGUUUGUUUCAUUCAGAUUUAUGUAGCAUCUUUGGUGACUGACAUUGUGCUGGUGUUCAGCCAGGGAACGAACAAAUACAACAUAAAUAUAAUGUGAUCCAUCUGCCCAUGUAUUAGUUUUGAGAGGAUUUCAGAGUCAUUACGUUCAUUAAAUACCUGCUGCUUUGAUGUGACAGUCAGAGGUUUCUGUUAGAAAUCAUGUUAUCAGUUUACCAAUAUGAUGUUUGUAAAUAAAAAUGUUUAAUCUCUGACAGACAGGGGGCAUCACAUCACAGAUGCGAGAGCUUUACCUGUGUAUACACCACCAUAUAUUAUUUGAUUGUUAUUGUAUCAUUACAGUUAGUGGUUCAUUUAUUGGCUUUGCUUAGGGUGGAAACAGACAGAAUGGACACCAGCACACAGAUGGUAUACUGUACAAGAGUUCAAUGUGUUUAGUUGUGUUAGUGUUGUGUAUCUGUGUGUGUUUAUAACAUCACCUUUCAUGAAAUGUGAAUUUAAAUCUAACUUUAGCCUUCGGGUUUUUUCCUUUUCUUGACAAACCAUGGUAAUAUUCUGACUGAAAUGCACCGUAUUAAACCAUCAAAAAUA